AUGGGCUUUGGAGCAGGUUUGAUGCGUUACCCAUCGGGACUGGAGGGAAUGGAGGGGAUUGGGUCGGCGGGGGUGGAGAUGCGUGGGUUGGGAGGAGUGGUGAGCGGUGGAGUGGGGCAGGUGGAGGAGGAGGAGGUGGAGGCGGAAUUGCUGGCGAUGGAAGCAGCGGUUGAGUUCAAUGUGAGGGUGGUGACGUGUCAGGGGUCCCCUGUGCGCUGGCACAACUGCCACGUGUGCGUGCGGCCCAAUGCGGUGCUGCUGGAUGCAGCUGGGUGCAUUGUGGUGGAUGGGAGGGAGCUCCGCGCACGAGAUGGCACUCCGGUGGUAUUGGAGGAGCAAGGCGAGUCUCUAAUCCACGCGCUCAUCGACCUUUCUCCGCCGCUACUGCACCUCUCCUUCAUCCACGCCUUUCUCGACCUUGACCCGCGCGCCGUGGUGCUGCAAGAAACGGCUGUGAGGGUCAACCGAUGGCUGGGUGACCGGCAGAACCAGCAUGAGGUCAUUGCACGCUUCCUCACUUGUGACUAA